UCUUUAACUUCUCGUCUCUACGUCUUCUCGGUGGGUUUCUCCAGUACUCAUCUCUGCCCCGCCUCUCUUUUUCUUACCCACCUCAGCGGUUGCCCCACCUCCCAUCAGUGACAUGUGACUAUUCCCUCGGGGGGUUCCCAGGUGGUAAAAGGGCUAACUUCUUGGUUCUGGCCUCUGGCCAGUCGCUCUUCCCUGGCCCUCUUUGCGGCUCUUUGGCUUCUCACCUUUUUUGGAGUCCCGGGGUGGGGUGGGGCCGUCCCUUGCGGGGUUAGCGCCUCCUCAGCACUUUUCGGUUUGAGGGGGGAAGGAGGGACCUCGGGACCCGGCCGGCACCCUCAUCCUCUUCCUUUCCCAGGUAAGACUUGUUGGGUCUUUGAGCUAGUCCUGGCCGGGGUCUGGGAGACCCAUGUGGUGGGACCAACCAGGGAGGGAGAGGGAUUGGUGCCCCAAGACUCCAGUUAAGUUUGGCUUAGGAAGCAGAACCGGGGUCUCUGGUCUGAGGGAAACGGUGGGAACCAAGUACCCAGAAAGCUGGAGGAAAGAAGGAAGGCUGGGGGGGAAAAAAAUUAGGAAGCAGGCCUCCUGAGUGUCUACAGGGUGAAGAGGAGGUAGUCUUGUGCGCUCCUCCCGACCUAGCAUGAUCCACUGCCUUCCUCCUGGGGAGGAGAGGAAGAUCUGGAUAAAGACCCAUGUGACCAAGAAGAGAACUGUGGCUCUGGAGAAGAGUCUGGAUGACACAGAGAUCCCUCGACCACACAGCCCCCAGCCUGGGUCCUCUCCAGCCCCUCAGCUCCAUGGGGGCCAAAUUCAGCCACCAAAUGCCAUGCUUCACUUUGGUCAGCUGCUUCUGGGGGAUCAGACCCCAGUUGUCACCCAGAGUCUCAAAGAGAGGAGCCAGCCAGCUCCCUGGGAGCCUGGCUAUGAAAGGACAGGGAAUUCUGGAUCUGGUAACUCAAUCUCCUUCAGAACCAUCUGGCAUCCAUCCUUCUGUGCCUUGUUUGAUGCCCGGGACCAUGACACCCAAUCCUUAGCUCCACCUGAAGUAGAGGGGAAUAGGGAGAGCUCCCAGAGUGAUAAAGGUUUCCCAGAUCUCUGCUCAGAAGAUUUUUUUUUCUCUGACCCUCUCUUGCCUUCCAUUACUCAGAUUCCGAUUGGCCUGUCCCAACCACCCCAACAGAUUCUGAGGAGGUCUAGGCAGCUUCUUGCCCCACCCCCCAUAAUGUCAGUCUGGACACAGCCAACCCCUGCCCGAAUCUUAACUUGGAUGUGUGGUCCAGAGAUAACACCUGUUACCUGCCUACUUGAGAUGAGCCAAGGAGACACCGAGUCUACCCCCACUCCAAAGUCCUCCCUAGUCCCACCCACUCCGUAGCCCAAUGAGGCAAAGGUGGAUUAUGUCAUCUCAUCCCCAUCCUAUCCCUCUCUGCAAUACUCCUUGAGAGCUGAUGAAGGCUACCUCUUCCCCUUCAUCUCUUGUUGCUGUUAUUGUAUUGGGAGAGAAUAACAGGGCUCUCUCUUUUUCUCUCCCCCCCCCCUUUUGCUGUAUUUAGUGUAUUGCUGUGGGGCUGAAUAAAGUGGGUAAUGUGUACUCAA